GGCCGCGCUCUGGAGCGACAUGGAGACAAUGCGGCGUUACGCAGCUGAAGCUGAAGUUUCCUUCAAAUAAUUUGUGUUAAAAGUUACUCAUUGACCAGAAAUGUGAACGGAUAGACAGCGAACGCGCAGUGAGAACGGGAUACUGAGGAUUUCGACUCGGUAAGACAACACCUGGAACGUUUCUUCACUUUCGACAGAAGACCUGUUUUGAGUAUGAGUAUAGGUGCGAGUCUCUCACCUACUGCCUUUCCUCCAGUUUUGGAUACAUACCUUUGGCCUGACUACUGCAGCACUGUGUGUGUGUCCUCCUUUAUUCAAGCAGACACAUGCACAUGGGUUAGAAUGGAGCAAAAUCAGCCUGAGGAUCAAGCAGACCUGAGCGCGGAGUUUCAGCCUCAGCUGGAUCUGUUUAGAAAGUUGGGCUUCACCGACACUCAGGUCCGAGCUGUGCUACUCAAGCUGGGCUUCGACACUGACACCAACCGGAUUCUGGGAGAGCUGAUCCAGGUGAGAGCGGCGGAGACAGAUGGCUCCAUCAAUCCACCAGUGCCGGUUCCACAUGGUGAAAGCCAGAGGAAAAGUCACAGUGUUCCAUCUCAACCUGCUGAACAAGAGGACGGAGCUCAGGAUGAAGAUUCCCUCAAGCCUAUCGUGAUAGAUGGCAGCAAUGUAGCUAUGAGUCAUGGGAACAAGGAAGUUUUUUCCUGCCUGGGAAUCCAGCUGGCUGUGAACUACUUCCUGGAUCGAGGUCACAGUGAUGUUACUGUGUUUGUGCCGUCAUGGAGGCGGGAGCAGCCCAGGCCAGAUGUACCGAUCACAGAUCAGCAAAUUCUCCGUGAGCUGGAACGGAAAAAGAUUCUUGUCUUCACUCCAUCAAGGCGCGUGGCAGGAAAGCGGGUGGUCUGUUAUGAUGACCGAUUCAUCGUUAAGCUGGCAUACGAUGUGGACGGCAUCAUUGUGUCCAAUGAUACCUACCGAGACUUGCAGGGGGAAAAGCCUGAGUGGAAACGCUUCAUAGAGGAGAGGUUGCUCAUGUACUCAUUUGUCAAUGACAAGUUUAUGCUUCCAGAUGAUCCACUAGGAAGACAUGGACCUACAUUGGAAAACUUUCUGCGCAAGACUCCCCGAGCUACUAAGAAACUCCCUUGCCCCUAUGGUAAGAAAUGCACCUAUGGGAUCAAGUGCAAGUUCAGCCACCCAGAGCGUGGCAAGCAAUCCCAACGUUCCUUAGCGGAUGAGUUGCGUGAGAAAGCAAAAAUGCCCCCUUUUCCCCAGAAACCUUCCUUGGCAGGCCAAAGCCCUUCCCAUGGAGCCUCUCUGGAAGAAGUUAUGGAACACAAACUCACUCUUAAUCAAAGUGGACCACUCAAGAAAACCCACACUAGUGAGAAUAUGCUGGUGGUCAAGACCACACCGCAGUCUACUUCAAGAAAGGCCCAUUCAAAGCGAGAUUACUCCAGUCAGUACUCCCCAAUGAAUCCAGACUGCAUUUCUGCAUCCUUUCAGGAGUACCUGGACUCAGGCCUGGGCUCAUACGAAUGCCACAGUGAGCAUCAGUCUGGAGGAGAGCAAACAAUGUCCAAGAAUCCUUCUCACGGAAGGUUCCGACAUCCUUCAUCAUGCACCCAGUCCUUAAGCCAAUCCAGUUUACAGUCCAAUCCAGGUUACCAUCCCCAACACAUGAGUAUAGGUGCAUCUCAAAACCCAAGCAACAUGCCGUACUCCUACCCUCAAUAUCACUCCUAUGGAAGAGCACCUUACCCACCAGGGAACUUUCACCAGUAUAGUGUACUCCACGAGUAUCACCACAGAAGAAUGCCUCCUCCUCAGUCUGGCUACUGGUCAGAGCCAUACAGUCAAUUCGGCCACAUGCCUCCAGGACCUGUGCAGAGUGAUGGCACUUCCUGGAACCAUCUGACGCCGGAGAGGGAGCAGGUCAGGAAGAAGUUGCUAGCUGUUUUUAAUUCCGGUCUUGUAGACAGAGCAAUGGAGAUGUUUCCAAACCUAAUGGACCCUCAGAAAUUAGCUGUGGAGAUCAUCAACCUACAGGGGGUUUUGUGACUUUUGCUGCCUUGUGGUUGACUUGUAAAAAGUUUACACGUAUUAAGUUUCUACUGAAAUCAUUGUAUUAAAAGCCUUGAAUGUUUUAAGGCUGAAUUUGAAGGAGCAAGUCAUAACAACAAAUGUUUAUUGGAUAUGUAUAUUCAUCUACUGAAGCAAUAACCUACAUUAUUAUUAUUAUUAUUAUUAUUAUUAUUAUUAUUAUUAUUAUUAUUAUUAUUAUUAUUUAUUUAAAAACUGGCUUUUCCCAUGCAAUUUUUAGUAUGCACCAAAAUUUACAUAGAAAUCUGUGUUUAUAAUGAACAGAUAUAAUAGAGUUGGGUCAGUUCUAGGAAAAUACUCAACAGUGUGACAUAAUGCUCUUGCCUAUGAUUAUUUAGCUAUAGCUCAACAGUGCUCAUAUACCAUGGCAAUUAGCCAGCUCCAUUUAUUUUAGAAGCGUUGCUUUUUAUCCAUUUAUAGUUACGUUUAAUGUUGUGGAAUGUCUACAAAACAAGUAGAGUAAGAAGUAAAAACAAUUUGUUUUGUUUAUUGGGAAAUGUACUCCAUUUACAGUGGUUCAUUUAAUUUUGUAUUGCUAACUGAUAGUUAGCGUGUUCAAGAUUCAUUUGGUGGAUAUGUUCUUGGUUAAACUGGCCAACCAGCCACAGUGUUUUGAUCUGGAUGUGUACUUCAGGUAAUUUGUUGUAGGCAUGGCAAUAUGUAAUGAUGUGGUAAUUGACUAGGAUACUGUAUAUCAACCUUGUGUUCUUUAUUUAUAUUAUGUUUGCAAUAUUAGGAAUCUGUUAGGCCCCCUAACGAUACAAAUUGUUUAGAAUAUCACUGCAGUCUUGUAAGGUUUGUAAGUACAUAUAGUUUUUAAUGUUUAUUUUGUAAAUUGCCUUCGUGUCUAAUACAAUCUGUUGGCACUGUGUGCCUGAAACACCAAUGAAAGUCUGAAAACUACCUCAAACAGGUAGAUGAGUGUACACCCUGUGGGUUCUGGGUAUUUUCCCAAUCAACAUUAUGCAAUAAAUAGUCAUAUGCUG